AUGCUAUUAGACUCGAAGAGUAAAUUUGACUUCGGGAGUCCAGGUCGCUAAACUCGCACUUUGUCUCCAGAUACUUUCUACAACUGGACUAGUAACCAUUUAUACAGAACUUCAUAUAAUGACAUGGGAAUUGUCAAGAGUCCAGUCUCCAAAAAGAAUCAUGUGCUACCAAAGUAUCAAGGAUAUAUUCCAGGCAAGAUAGCAAAUAAUGAAUUUGGGGCUUCGAUUACAGGGGUUAGUAGAAGAGUGUUUUCACCUGAAAAAUUAGAUACUCCUUCGCUAUAUGCAUCUACAGGGCACAAUUGGAAUACAGAUUUGAGGAAAGAUCCAACAUUACCAGCUUGGUCUCAUAAAUAUGGAAAAUAAACGAUCUUGCGUCCUCACCCUAAUGUAGAUGAACCAAAAUGGUCCACAGUGUUUAGAUAAUCCUUUGGCAAGCCAUAAGAGAAACUAAAACCUGUUACUAGACAAGCAGCCUCAAUGAAAGAUUUGAUGUUUGAUAAUACGAUGAGGAAUUCAUUCCGACCCAUAACAUAAACGGCUAGUGGGUUCUAAAACAAUCGACAACUUUUUGAUGGACAGACAUGGGUACCUGACAAGAUCUUGCACACUGAUAUGGUCAGAACUGAAUAUAGAAACAAAUUUAAUUAACCCAAGCCUUUCCAUAAGACUGCCUUAAUGGCUAGUACUGGUAAACUCCCUAAAGUUACACUUGUCUACGAUAUAGAAUGA